AUGAUACAGAAGGAGAUUAUUGAAUGUUUUGCAAAGGAAGUAACCAAAAACAUAUGUGCAGAAAUUAAAGAUGAUGUGUUUGGGUUGUUGGUUGAUGAAUCUAGUGACGUAUCUCUGAAGGAACAGAUGGCUGUUGUUGUUAGAUUUGUUGAUAAAUUUAGGGUUGUUAGAGAAAAUUUUAUUGGAAUUGUUCACGUGAGAGACACGGCUUCUUCAACUCUUAAAGAAGCCAUUGAUUCUUUAUUAGCAAAUAACCAGUUGAGCAUAAAACAAGUAAGGGGACAAGUUGGUGAUUGUGGCGGUCGCAAAAAAAAUCCCGGUGUUAAAACUUUCUACGAAUACCUUUCCAUGGUUGUUACUACAGUUUCUGCUUCUUACAAACGGAAAGAUAUGAUAAGGGAGACAAAAAAAGCGAGAGUGGAAAAUGAAAUACUUGAAGGUGAGAUUAAGACGGGAAAAGGAUUAAACCAAGAGGUUUCCCUAGCACGAGCCGGUGAUACACGAUGGGGUUCACAUCAUAGAACAAUCAUCAGUUUGCUUAGGUUGUUUCCGGAAGUUGUUACCGUACUUCAAUAUGUUAAAGAAGAUGGAGAUUGUAGUCAACAACGAACAAAUGCAAAAGGUAUUCUGUCGUACUUUAAAAAACUUGAGUUUGUUUUUUAUAUGCACUUAAUGGGAGAUGUUUUAAGCUACACAAAUGCUCUCUCAAAACAUCUCCAACAAAAAGGUAAGGAUUUAUUAGAAGCGGCCAACUUGAUAAAUGGAACAAAACGAGCAUUAAAUGCUUUAAGAGAAAACGGGUUUGAGUCGAUGUUGGAAAAAAGUUACUUCCUUUUGUGA